AUGACACAAUUACCUACUUCACUCCCUAAACUCUCUCGCUCAAGUCAUGACCGACCAUCAAGGAGUUCAUUAAAAACAUAUGACUCGAUCCAGUCAUCGUACAAGUAUAUUCAAUACAAGAGCAAGUCCAAGUAUUCUCAAGAGACUGAUCCACUGAAUGGUGGACCUCCUCCAAUGUCUACACCUUAUUUAGUCUAUUCUAAUUCUCGUCUACCGAUGACAAGAUCAAAUGAAACGACUAAGACAAAUCAUGGACGUGACAAACAAGACGAUGAUGAGAAACCACUUAGUUCAGCUAUGCGAUCAGGUCUUGCACGUCCUCCAAGCUCACGCGUGCGUUUUCAAGGACAUGAGACUUUAUCGCGUGAAAAGAGUGAACGUGAUUAUCAAGAGAUGGAACGAACACAAUGUCAAGAACAAGGAAAAGAACGAGAGGCACGACGACAUCGAGAGAAGGACCUUCAGCAUGGAAAAGCAAGUGGUCGACCCAAUGGUUCUGAACCAUUGUCUUCCAUUGCAACAAUACUUCGUGGUCGUCGUUCAGCUUCAAUUGAAAAUCCGCCAAAAUCGGCAAUUCAAUUGUCGGCGUAUGACAAAAUGAUGCAAACGAUUCCAACGUCGCCGGUGGGACGUUCGCGACGCAGUUCAAUUGGCAACUCGCCACCAAAGUCGGAUAUCAAGAUCUCGGCCUUUGAUGAUGUCAAUCCACGUCGCAGAAGUUUGCAAGACAAACAGCUUAAUCCUACAGAAUCAAUACAGCCAAAAGACGAAGCUGUGGAGGUUGUUGCACCUCAUACGACUGACCACCGUGGAAAAGUGGUUGAGCAAGUCCGUAUUGAGCCAACAUCAGAUAGGAUAGCUGCGAAAGCACCACUACCAUUGGUCGUGCCGGAACCGGAAGCCCCACACAGUGCGUUUGAUGUAGAUGAUGAAGAUACGUUAACUAACGAGACGGAUGAUAGCUACGAUUACGAGUUUUCGGACUUUGACACGGACUCGGAAGACACACCGUCUCGGUGCUUGGUUUCUGAAGCCAAUGCAGGCAAAGUUGACGCAGAUCCAGGCUUUGUUGAGAACAACGCAGCUGAUAGUAGUCGCCAGGUUGGUGAGGACAAAGGAACAUCAUCUUGUUCGGCAACUGAGUUGCCUAUUGUCAAGGAAGGGAAGGAAGGGGAGCGGCACCGGGUGUCAAAACUGACGGCAAGAGAUCUAGCGUUGCAUGCAUUAGGUCGUGCAAGCACUUGCUCAAUUUCGGACGUCGGGUCCCCAGUUUCCUCGGCAAAUGAAAGAGAUGCGUUGAAUGAUAGACUUACAGCAACAGACACUACAGCAGCACCAACAAACACACCACCGCCCAUGUUGUACACGCCAGCGUCGUCUGCGUACCCUUCAUCUCGCGCUCUUGGGCGACGAGCUCCUGCUACGACAGGUCGUGUCCGCAACAAUCGAAUGCCGCCGCCUCCAGUCGCAACAAGCAGUUACGUACGCCGUUCACGAGCUAGAGCGCCUAUGGAUUUGAAAAAUCAUUUGCCGCCAUCAAUUGGUGUGCUCUCGGAUUUAUCAAGUGGAUCAUCGACCUUUGUCAUAAAUCCGUCGCAUUUUUACGAGGUCACCUGGAGAUCAGGGGAAUUUGCGUUUUCCGUCCAACGCGUGUACACGGAAGAGAAUGAGUACGAAUUUGACGAUUGCAAUCAAGAGUCUCAGCUCUUUUUACGUAUGUUACUGAACACGGAGCGCAGUACUUGCAAAAGUUUUGGCAAUGUUCGUGUCGGUGACGUUUUGAUUCGUGUGGGCGACACGUACGUGUCGGAGCUUGGAUUAGAAGGAUCAGGCACAGUGCUGACGAAAUUUUUUGCCAAUUUAGUGGGACAAACUCCAAUUCGACUCACAUUUCAGCGAAUGUCUCCAAGUGAUUGGGAAGGAGGUGUGGAAUUAUAA